CCGGGAGAGCCAGCGGCGCGCGCCCGCGAGCGCUCCUACGGAUUGGAUUUCUGUCUCCCAAGUGCCGUGAGUUCUUCAACAAGAACAGUUUGCAACAGAUAGUAUACUGAUUGCCAUGGAAGGUGGGAGAAUGGAUCAGGGUUGCAUGGCUGCUAUCACCAACAAUCCAAUAGUGUCUGAUACUAAGCCGAUGAAGAACAUUAGUGGGGAGAUGCCUGCAACUGCAACUGCUGGAAGUGGUUCCUUUGACUGCAACAUCUGCCUGGACUUCGCUGCAGAUCCAGUUGUUACCCUCUGUGGCCAUCUCUACUGCUGGCCUUGCAUCUACGAGUGGCUGCGCCCAACGGUGGGAUCAGCUUCCACUGACAACAGGACUGCGGCCAGGCAGCAGUGUCCUGUGUGCAAGGCGGCACUAUCUGCCGACAGCCUUGUGCCACUAUAUGGCCGUGGCGGUAGCUCCAAGAAAUCGCUGGAUGGCAAGGCCAUUCCACGACGGCCAAUGGUGCACCGGGAGAAUGUCGAGCACCAGCAUGCACAAAGCGCCGUCGACCACCGGCACCAUCAGAACAUGGUGGAGCCCAUCCCUCCACUCCGGCCAUUGCGGCAUGCGCACCACCACCAUUCCGGUGCCACCGAAUUCGACUUUGUCUACCCUCAUUCGCCAAUGGGGCGAGGCCUGAUCCACUCGACGGCUGGAGGGGUGCUCGGAGGGAUGGCAGAGGCGGUGCUUCCAUGGGCAUUCCGAGGCCAGAUGCCACCGAGCAUGUACUACACAAGUCCUUACUCUGUCGCAGAUAAUACCUUGGGUCCCCGGCUGAGGCGGCAGCAGAUGGAGGUGGAGAGGUCUCUGCACCAGAUCUGGUUCUUCCUCUUCGUGUUCGUGGUGUUGUGUCUGCUCUUGUUCUGAAGCAAGAGGCUCUUGUGUUCUGAAGAGGCAGUAUACAAGCUUGUGUAUAUAGUGAAAGGCGAGAUACUGCUUCUGGAGGGGAACAAAAAGGAAAGGCAAGAUACUAGAUCUUAUAUAGUGAAGAGGGUGAGGUUUAAUGCUGUUAACGGUUCUCGAUCGAUAAGCAUGUGCCUUGAACCAUGCUGAUAUAGAGUUUGUAAUGUGACGAGAUUUGGAGGUGAAAUGCAGAUUCCAUUCUCGUCUUACCCAAAAUGUACCAGGAAGGACUCCCAUCACCUGAACGGUAUGGCUUGUUUGGGUUUGCCUAUAUCUGUUACUGCCAUGUAAUGCAUCAAUGAGCACCGUUUUUGUAAAGAAAAUCUGCAUUGGUUGUGGUUUGGUGCU